GCGGCCUCGCCGCAGCACCACGAGCUCACGUCGCUGUUCGAGUGCCCCGUGUGCUUCGACUAUGUGCUGCCGCCCAUCCUGCAGUGCCAGGCCGGCCACCUCGUGUGCAACCCAUGCCGGCAGAAGCUGAGCCUGUGCCCCACGUGCCGCGGCGCGCUGUCGCCCAGCAUCCGCAACCUGGCCAUGGAGAAGGUGGCCUCCGCCGUGCUCUUCCCCUGCAAGUACGCCACCACGGGCUGCUCGCUGACGCUCCACCACACGGAAAAGCCAGAGCACGAGGACAUCUGCGAGUAUCGGCCCUACUCCUGCCCGUGCCCCGGAGCCUCCUGCAAGUGGCAGGGCUCUCUGGAAGCCGUCAUGUCCCACCUCAUGCACGCCCACAAAAGCAUCACCACCCUGCAGGGGGAAGACAUCGUUUUUCUUGCCACAGACAUUAACCUCCCGGGCGCCGUUGACUGGGUCAUGAUGCAGUCCUGCUUUGGCCACCACUUCAUGCUGGUGCUGGAGAAGCAGGAGAAGUACGAGGGGCACCAGCAGUUUUUCGCCAUCGUGCUGCUCAUCGGCACUCGCAAGCAGGCGGAGAACUUUGCGUACAGACUGGAGCUGAACGGCAACCGGCGCCGGCUCACGUGGGAGGCGACGCCGCGCUCCAUCCACGACGGCGUCACUGCCGCCAUCCACAACAGUGACUGCCUGGUUUUUGACACGGCUAUAGCACAUCUUUUUGCUGACAAUGGAAACCUUGGAAUUAAUGUGACUAUUUCUACAUGUUGUCCGUGAUGUAUCUGUGUAGCUAGUGAAGCCGUGCGGCCUGGGCUGUCUGGACAUAGUGCUUUACAUUUACCAAGAGUUUCCUUUUGGUUCUGCUUUUUCUUUUUUUUUUUUUAAAUGAUCUUCAACUAUGUCUUCAUGUCCAUUAAGGUUCCUAACUAGCCAACAUUAUUAACUUUGGAGAGAAGAUGAACAGGAGUGUCCUGUAGGUAAUACGAGCAGGAAAAGUUUUUUUAAAUACUUGGGUGCCUUAGGAAGAUUCCCCCCCCAGAGUUUUUGGGUUUUUUUUUUAAGAGUGCUUCCAUUGGACAUGUGGCUGGAGGGCCUGGGGCUGCAUUCCCGCUCAGAGCGCACCCUAAGGCYCUUCCCGCAGGAACCCGCUCGCGCUCUGACUCGCUCUCACCUGGGAGCCUCCUUGGGAAGCUGCAGCAGGCGGGAAAGGGCAGGCAGGCGAGCAGCUCCUCGCGGGACGAGCGCUGUUC